UAACCACGGUUAGCUCGACGCCGUUGGUUUACUUCUGGCUUCGUGGCUCAUUGAAUUGAUUAGCCUGACGUUUUAUUUCUGUAUCGCUUCACCGCAAAAGUGGAAAAAUGUCGCGUUUAUCAGCGACCCUCGCCGUCGCGCUGCUGCUCAGCCUGGAGGCUUCAGGGAAAACUGUGAAGGGGCUCUUCGGGAGCGAAGCGGCGAGGCAGGAAAAUGGCCAGUUCAUCACCAAAUUCAUGUACCAAGCAGGUGACGGCGGGCUGCUGGUGUGUCGGCUGGACAAUCCAUCCCUGGGAACAGAGAAGGAGGCCAGGCUGCUGAUGUACCAGGACAUGGACUCAGAUCUGGACAAUCUGAGCUGCUCCCAGCGCCUCAGCAGAGCCCAGUUCACCAUUUCCCUCAGCCAGGAAGAACACAACCAGACGAUCCCUCGUCAGUCUUCGCCCACAGCCUGGCAGGUGCUGUACGCUGACAGAUACACGUGCAAGGAAAGCUCAGUUACGCCGUCGUACGCUGACCUCGGCUUCAAUCUCCUGCUGUUCAACCCCGACUCUGCUGGGAACCCGCUGGAUCACUUCAGCGCAGAGGAAGCAGGGCUGCACAGUUUCUACUUCCUCCUCCUGCUCGCCUACUUCAUCGCCUGCUGCAUCUACUUCCAGCCUCUGUAUCAGGCGCUGAAGAAAGGGGGCCCCAUGCACACGGUCCUCAAGGUGCUGACCACGGCCCUGGCUCUGCAAGGCUGCUCUGCCCUCUGCAACUACAUCCACCUGGCCAGAUACUCCAGAGACGGUACUGGGAUCCCCCUGAUGGGCAGCCUGGCAGAGUUCUGGGACAUGGUGUCCCAAGUGUCCAUGCUCUACAUGCUGCUGAGCCUGUGUAUGGGCUGGACUCUGAGUCGAGGCAGGAAGCCGCAGUCCAGACCUCUGCAGUGGGAGCGCUCCCCGGCGUCCACGGCCGUCGCUGUUGGCGGCGUGGUCACACAGGGAGUCCUGCUGCUGUGGGAGCAGUACUCUGAGUCGGAGAGCGAACACCACAGCUAUCACGCCCAACGUAGCCUAGCAGGUCUCCUCCUCCUGGCUCUGAGAGUGGCGCUGUCCCUCCUGCUGGCCUCCAUCCUCUACCAGAUCGUCUCCACAGAGAGGAGCACCCUGAAGAGGGACUUCUACCUCUGCUUCGCUAAGGGCUGCUUCCUGUGGUUCCUUUGUCACCCCAUCCUCGUCCUCAUGUCUGUGGUCUUCAACGACCACCAGAGGGAAAAGGUGCAAGACCACAACUUUCAGAAUUUUACUGUCCGUUACCUGAAAUCGGUCUUCAUUACCUCUGUCACUACCUUCUGUUCUGCAGGUCAUCACCAUCGGCGUGAUCCUCUGCCAGUCCAUCUCCAUGGUGAUCCUCUACCAGCUCUUCCUGUCCCGCUCACUCUACUGGGAGGUGUCCUCCCUCUCCUCCGUGUCUUUGCCGCUCACUAUGUCCAGAACGAACCACCACAGGGGGCGCCUAUGAGCACAGAUACCCAGGUUACGGUGAGAACUGAAGCGUCUCUGUCAGACGCAGCAGGAGACGUUCCCCCUGCACCGUCGUCUGUCCCACGUUAGAGCUACCACUGAGCCGUGGACAGGCGACAGUACUUACUGCAACACACUACCUCUGACUUCUAACUGGAGCGUCUGGGAUGCAAAAUGCAUGGCCAAGCAUGCAUCAGCUGGCGAGGUAGACGUCAGCAGAAAACCACGAUAAAGAACUUGAGAGAGCGCAAAAUCGCAAGCAAUCACAAUUAGAUUAUUUUUAAAGGCUUUACCUGCAAAUCGCUGAGUCAGCCAUGAUUGGGGCAGUCUGCAUGUAGAUAGGAUUUUUAUGUUAUUGUUAUUAUUUCUAUGUCACAAAAGCUGUGCCGUUAUUUAACUGUCAACAAAUGUAUGAGCUGACAGCAUGUGAGCUGCAAAUCAUCGAACCGACAUUAACUCUGUAGCUGCAGCGAACUGCAUGACUCUGAAUUGGCAGAAAUGUUUACUAAAAAUCUUUUUCCACAAGAGCUUCACUGUGUAAAUACAUUCCUGUGAUUUUCCGUUUACUUCUGUUUUCGGGCUAAAUCUGACUAAUAUUUGUGUCAAAACAAAACAGAGGCUGGUGGGAUCAUAUCUUGUUGUUUAAGUUGAGAUGGAGACAUAUUUUGAAAAACAAACAUGCAGAACAAGAAAGAAAUUGACAUAUUUAUUUGUCUGUUUAUUUAUUUUUUUAAGUGAUUAAAAAAAAGGGGCAAUGUCCAACACCACUACUUCUCAUUCUGUUUGGUCAGAGGCUGCUGAGCUUCUACAUGAUAUUUAAAAAUAUACUUGAAUGUAUAGCCUUUAACAGCUGUUAUAAAUACGCAAAAUGAUAUCAGUCCAUAUUGCUUUGCACUGAGACAGUGCAUGUGUCAAACGUUGCAUUAUGUUUUAUACUGCAGCACAGAGACAAUCUAGCAUUCAGUUGUUUAUGUAAUUAUUCAGACUUGAAUGUCCUUGUCUGGUAUAAUUUAUGUCACUUGUGGAAAUAAAACUAGCAAACAUGGCAACUGUAA